AUGGACACGGUGAUGCAGAGGUUGCCCCCGGCGCUGUCCCCGGCCAGGCAGACCCGCUCCGCAGCCAAAAAGUUGAGCUACUCCGAGUUGGACCUGAGGAAACCCAAACGUCUGGCUACGUUCUCCUUCGGCCUGAGGAAGAGGAGGAAGAGCGGCGAGGAGAACGUCUCACAGAGCACCUUUGGUCUUCACAGCGCCGAUGUCCAGCAGGAGAACCCGGGCUCCCGUUUGGAUCCGGAUCCGACCGGCUCCAACAUGCAGCUCAGUCUGUCUCAACCCGAGCUCGACACCAGCGGCACCUUCGACAUCCCGUCUCCUCCUCCUCUGUCUUCAAAUCGAUCUGAGGCGUACUUCUCCUUCCCUCUCGGAUCAUUCCUCAGCCCCAGGUACCGGCCAGAACCCGACCAGAACCUCCCGAUGGCUGGCCCGAAGGAACGCCGAGCGCUCAGAGCGCCUCCAUCCAGGAGCUUCAGCUUCAAGAUCCUUCCUCCCAGGAGCCGGAGAACCUUCCUGCUCCUCCUGCUCCAACACAAACCGUUCCCAGCCUCCAGCGCCAGCAGGCGGAACCGGGUCUGGACCCAGACCUCCUGCAGAACUACGGCUCGGCUGCGUCAGCACACCCUCAGCCAGAGGAGGCGUCAGGAACCCCCGGAGCUGCUCCUGAAGACCAGCAGCUCUGACAGGAACGUUCCCGAUGCUCCUCUGAGUCCAGAUUCAGGUCCUGAAGAACCUGAACAUCAGGUGACCUCUGGAACCCAAUCUGUGGUUCUGACCCGGGCUGCCGAGCCGAGGACCACGCCGUCCAGGCAGGACUCAGCUGAAGGUUCAGCUCCUGGAGAAGCUCUACGUCUCAGUGGUUCUCUGGAUCCUGAACCGGACCCACGGACCGGUUCCGUCAGCAGCAACCGGAUCUCAGCUGAGAGUUCUGACCCUGAUUCUGUCUCCAUGAGCUCUGAACCGACCCGGGUUCCCACCAGCCAGGGUUCCCUCUUUGCUCCACGGCUCGGCUCAGAGGAACCUCCCUCCCAGAACCCAGAGAGAGGUUCUGCCUCCCAGACAGAACCGCCUGUGGUCCAGCCCCCCCUGCUGUCACGUGGCGCUGCCGCAGGUGAAGCCAAUCCCACCUGUGCUCCCUCGGCCCAGGUGUGCAGCUCCUCUCGGGUCCCGGUUCUGGACUCGGCGCACAGCGCAGGCCUUGUUCCGGACUCGGCUGCUUCUCGGGUUUCUGGAGCGUCUCCGGGGACGGGCUCUCGGGUUUCCUGCUCUAAACGCAGAGCGGUCCUGCUCAGACGGUCGUUCCCAGCCGAGUCCUCGCCCCGGGAUCACAGAAUGAACGGCCAGGAGGGGGAAACCCAAACGCAGAGCUCCCCAGAACCUCCAGAACCGGACCGAGCUCUGAGUCCGGCCUACCUGAGCCUGGGCUCGGACGAAGGCAGCACCUACUUCAGCGCUCAGGAGGACGAGCCGGAGAGCGGAGAGGAGGAGAUGCUGCCUGAGGGGGGGGGCGCCCAGCAGGGGGGGGCGGCUCACACCUGCACCCAGAAGACACCUGAGGGUCAAAGGUCAGAGGAUCCGCUGCUGCUCCACAGAAACUUCAGGCUGGGACCAAAGCCAGAGGAGGAGGAAUCAGAGCCAGCACAGGUGAGAGGGGAGGGGCUGCUGGCAGCACCGGUUCAGCAGGUAAACGGGCCGCAGGAAUGCGACUCGGCCCCGCCCUCCUCUGAUCCGGCGGGGGAGGGAAAGCAGGCCAGAGACGUGGAGACGGAGGAGCAGAGCGCCCCGAGCCUGCAGGCAAAGUUUCCAGUUUCUGACACCAGGAGACCCGAAGAAACCGGAGAGCGGCGCCGGGUCGGAGCCGGAGGCCAGGAUGAGCGCGGCUCACGCACACCUGCCGCUGCUGCAGGACGCACACCUGACGCUGCUGCAGGACGCACACCUGACGCUGCCGCCGCCGCCUCCCGCACACCUGAGGGGGCGGGACCCGUGACUCAGGGCGCAGACGGACACGCUGCGACGCCACCACAGGUGUCAGAGCAGCCGUCAGCCACGGAACCGUGCACACCGCCUCCUCACCUGCACCCAGCCGAGGCCGCGGGUCAACGGGACCACAGCUUCCAGCAUUCAGGACCAGAACCGGAACCAGAACCGGAUGACAGGAUGAAUUCAGGCUUCAGCAGCCUGAGCACCACCCUGAAGAACUCCUCUCCUCCCAGGGAGGAGGAACCUAAAUCCCGUUUCCACAAAGUGUCGCUGGUUGCCACUGAAACCAGCAGCAGGACCGAGGAGCCCGACCCAGAAGCGGAGUACAAGUGGAAGAACCGAUUUCAGGGCCUGACCCAGUACAACUCCAGCAGGUCCCUCCUCCCGGACUCCUCCCCCUCCUCCCCCUCCUCCUCCUCGGCUCCCAGCAGCCUGACGGACGGCUCUGUGUAUCUGAGCCCUGCUGGAGCUGGGGAGUGGAGGCGGAGCCUGCUGGAGGAGGAGGAGCCAGCUGCUCCCGCAUGUGAAGAGGAGGAACGGCUGAAAGGAGAGACAGAGUGGAGAAGGUCUGAGUGGGAGCAGGAGCAGCACUCCGUGUCCUCCAGGAGCACCGACGACGACGACUCCCUCUUCACCGGAGUCUUCAGGGCCACCCUGGUGGAUCUGGUCUCUGAUCCUGCACCUGCCCUGCCUCCCCCCUGCUCCCCUGAAGCAGACUCCCCCUUAAACGACAUGGACAACCUGAUGGACACCCUGAAGAGCAUGGGGCCCUCUCAGAGGCCCAGGAGCACAGGCCCCCGCGCUGCCCCCCCUGCGCUGGUCUCCUCCCUGCCCCCCAUCAAGGAAGACCUGGUGAGCCCCAUCACCACCGACCUGGCCCCCUCCCUCAGCGCCCCCUCCCUCAGCGCCCCCUCCCUCAGCGCCCCCUCCCUCAGCGCCCCCUCCCUCAGCACCCCCUCCCUCAGCACCCCCUCCCUCAGCGCCCCCUCCCUCAGCGCCCCCUCCCUCAGCACCCCCUCUUUCAGCGCCCCCUCCCUCAGCGCCCCCUCCCUCAGCGCCCCCUCCCUCAGCGCCCCCUCCCUCAGCGCCCCCUCCCAGGGGCCACAGGAGCCCCAGAAGCCGCUCUACGCGCUGCCGGCUGACCUGGGCCUCAACAAGAACCCCAUCAGGGACAAGAUGUCCCCGCUGGAGCUGAUGAAGAAGAGCCAGGAACCCGCCUCCUCUCUGGCUAACGGAACCGGGCCCCCACCGUCUCCCUCCACCAGCUCUCGCCUCGACAGCAGCUUGCUCUUCAAAAACUACCGCUCCUCAUUCUCGGACCAGAAGCUGGAAAACGGGAGCGCCAACCGGCCCCUGGCCCGCGCCCUCUCCCUGCCGGAGACCGGGCCCUCAGCCAUGAGACUGAGUGAGCCUGGGGACGUGGGGCCCAGCAGGGACGCAAAGGGGUCCCGUCUGGAGCGUCUCUCCUUCCUCAUCAACUCCUCGUCGAGCUCCCAGAACGGAGCCGGGGACUCCAGCCCAGGGGCCCGGACCAGCUGGCUGUCCUCCCUGUCCCCCACCUCCAACGGCCCCACCAGCCUGGUCAGCCGCAGGGACCCCAUUGACCUGCAACGGCCCCUCACCGACUUGGAGCCGGGGGUCCUGCAGAGGAGCCUCAGCUGUGAGGGCCCGCCACAGAUGCCCCAGUUCAGAAGUGUCCUGGAUGGCCCCCAGUUCAGCAGCGUGCAGGGAGGCCCCCAGUUCCAGAGCCAACGGGAUGAACCAGACUUUAGCCUGAUGUCCAAGUACCGAGCUUUUCCAGACGCCUAUCUGACUAAGGAGAAGGAACACGGGAAGCUCAACCCUCGUCCAGGAAAGAUGUUCAUCUUUGAUCGGCCGGGGAUGUGCGGUCAGAGGAUGGAGAUCCGCGGCGACGUCAUCGACGCCACCGCCUGGGAGCUGCAGGACACCAUCUCCAUCAGGGUGGUGAGAGGAGGGUGGGUUCUUUACGAGAAGCCCAACUUCAAAGGGGAGAAGAUCGCUCUGAAUGAGGGCGACAUCGAGCUCACCUGUCCCUUCAGCCCACCUGAGGAGCAGCUGCAGAACGGACACCAGGAGAACCAGGAGAACCAGGAGAACCAGGGGGACCAGGAGCAGGACGGUGAAACCACCGAGGAGAAGCCGAGCCGCAGGUUCAUCAUCGGCUCGGUGCGCAGAGCAGUCAGGGACUACAGCGUUCCAGAGAUCGCCCUCUUCCCGGAGGAGAACGCGGAGGGGAAGAAGGUGGUCUUCAGGGACACGUCUGAGGACGCCCGCAUCUUCGGCUUCCCCAUCAGGGCCAAGUCGGUCAUCGUGAACGCCGGGCUCUGGCUGGUGUUCUCGCAGCCGUUCUUCCAGGGCGCCCAGCGGAUCCUGGAGGUGGGGGGCUACACCAACCCUGCAGCCUGGGGGGUGGAGGAGCCCUACGUGGGCUCGCUGCAUCCGCUCAAAGUGGGAGAACCUCGGGUGGAGAACAUGAGGGAACCCAAGAUGGUGAUCUACGAGAAGCCGUACUUCACCGGCAAGUCCAGGACCAUCAGCUCCAACAUGAGGGACUUCAUGAGCCGCACCGACCGCCAGCAGAACCUCUUCAUGCCCAAGCUGGGUUCCCUGAAGGUCCUGGGAGGAAUCUGGGUGGGCUACGAGAAGGAGGGCUUCCGUGGACACCAGUACCUCCUGGAGGAGGGGGAGUACCACGACUGGAGGGUGUGGGGGGGCUGCGACUCCGAGCUGCGCUCCGUCAGGAUCAUCCGGGCGGACCUGACGGAGCCGAUGAUGGUGAUGUACGAGCAGCCCGAGGAGGAGGAGGGCGUGAUGGAGGAGAACACCUUCGAGGUGACUGAGGCCAUCCCUGACGUGGAGCUGUUCUCCUACAAGACCUCCACGCGCUCCAUCCACGUCCUGAGCGGAGCGUGGGUGGCCUACUCGCAUGUGGACUUCUCGGGGAACCAGUACAUCCUGGAGAAAGGCUUCUACAGCAACUGUGCCGACUGGGGCUCUCAGGACACCCGGGUCUGCUCGGUGCAGCCCAUCUUAGCGGCCCCGCCAGAGACCCCCGGCCCCAGAGACCAGAUCAUCCUGUACGCAGAGCCAGACUUCCAGGGCGAACGCCGCGUCUUCCACCACAGCCAGGCGGCGCUCUCUGACAAGUUCAUCACCAAGUCGUGUCGAGUGGUGAGAGGAAGUUGGGUCCUCUGUGAGAACACGCAGUACUCUGGGAACAUGUUCGUCCUGUCGGAGGAAGACUACCCCAGCGUGUCCAGCAUGGGCUGCUCCUCCUCCGGCUGCUCGGUGCUCUCCAUCAGGCUGGUGCCGAUGAUGCUGUCGGUUCCGUCCGUCUCUCUGUUCGGGCUGGAGGGUCUGGAGGGCCGGGAGAUCACCGUGGACUCUGAGGUCAUCAGUCUGGCCCAGGAGGGCUACAACGACCACGUGCUGUCGGUGCGGGUCACCAGCGGCUGCUGGGUGCUAUGUGAACACAGCAACUACAGGGGGCGCCAGUUCAUCCUGGAGCCCAUAGAAAUCCCCAACUGGCCCAAGUUCAGCUCCCUGCAUAGGAUUGGCUCCAUGUUCCCCAUCAGACAGAAGCGGCACUUUUUCCGUGUGAAGAACAAGGCGAGCGGCCACUUCCUGUCGGUGCAGGGAGGCGUGGAGGAAAUGAAGACGGGCCGAGUGGUGGCGACCGCCGAGGUGGAGCCGCUGAGCGACAUCUGGUUCUACCAGGAUGGACUGAUCAAGAACAAGCUGGCUCCCACCAUGUGUCUGCAAGUCAUGGGGAGCGUGGAGCCGGCAGCUAAGGUGGUUCUGUGGAACGAGACCCGGCAGCCGAUCCAGACCUGGUCGGCUAAGAUGAGCGGCCUCAUCAGCAGCGUGACCUUCCCUGGGAUGGUGCUGGAUGUAAAAGGUGGCAGAACGUACGAUAAGGAACACGUGGUGGUGAUGCUGGAGAACGACGAGAGGCCGAGUCAGCAGUGGGAGAUGGAGCUGCUGUAGCCGUCGGCAGCGAUGAGACCUUCUGAGCUGCAGGUUCUUCUGGACCCGCCCAGACCUGCAGGUGGAGCUGUGAGGCUGCAGGAUGUCCUGGAGAGAUGCUCCUCAUCUAAGAUUUGACCCUGAUUGUUCUGAUCCGAUGCCUGGCUGCUGAGCGGUGGACCUGCAGGAACGUCCCACUGUGGUUCUGCUGGACCCGAUUUAAUCACUUUCUGCUUCUCUGUGAUGCUCUGAGCUCCUGUGAAAGUUCUGCCCGCCUCGUCAGACUGGACCUCUGCAGAUCAAACCGUUUUUGUUGAUCCUGCCUCUGAAUGAAGCGGCACCAGAACGUGUGUUUGGACAUUACUGCAGCCCGGUUCUUCCUGUUGGACCCGUUUAUGGCUUCUUACUGUUACAUGAACUGGCUUCAGCUCUGUUAAUAUGUCAGAUUAAAUAGAUUAUAUUUAGAUAAAUAUUGUAUAUGAGGGAAUGGUUUUAAAUGUUCAAUAAAAAAUAAAGUGACAGUGAAAGAA